AUGUACUUUUAUCAUUUAAAAUUCGAGUUAUACCCUCUUACUAGUAGUAUUCAGGCUAUAAAUUUACACGAUUCAAGUUCUUCAAUAAAUAAAAAAGAAACCUCUGAACAAAAUAAUUCUUCUGAUCCAUAUUUCGUUCCUAAAGAUAUUUUCGAAAAGCUUCCAACACACCGGUCAAAUUCUAAUAAGAAAUUAUCAUUAAAAAGAUCCAAUAGCUUUAAUAAAUCGAAGUCAAAAAUUAAGUCGAAAGUUAGAUCAAAAUCGGUAGAUCAAGCAAAAAAUCUUCGCUCUAGUGAAAUACCGUUGAUUCCUCCCACUCCUGUAUCAAAAGAAAGCCAGUCACAUAAUAAUUUUUCGGGUGUUCUCACUUCAUCAUCAUCUAAUUGCAGUACAUUUGUUCGUAGAAGAAAAUCUUUUACGUCUGCUACAUUACCUCAAUUCACAGAAGAUCGUACUUUAAAUUUUGAUAAAACUCACGAUUUUCGAUUUGGUAAUAUUGAGAUUGAGUGGUUUGAUAAUAUUGAAGAAAAUAUGAAUGAAGAAUCAAAUACCAAUGCAGUCAACAAUAAUCACAAUGGAAACAAAAAUGAGACAGAAUCUUCAGAGAGUAUCUCACCUUCAUCUAUAAAGAAAACUAAAUCUAGUAGUGAAAAAACUACUAUUUCUCCAGCUGGUGAAUUUGUUCCAUUAAAUUCCGGAAAAACAAAUCUAAGUUAUGAAAGAAAUUCGGUCGAGAGUGAAAAGCGUGAUGAUCUUCCUAGUCUUGGGAAUCACGCAACAAUAUUGGCUGUAUUGGCUGUUCCAUCAUAUAUGACAGCUUCUGAUUUUUUAAGUUUUGUUGCUCCAGUAAGGAAAUAUGUUAGUCACUUUAGAUUUAUAAGAGAUUCAGCUCCGAACAAGUUUAUAGUGUUAAUGAAGUUUCGUCAUGCACGAGCUGCUAAAGAUUUUUAUAAACAAUUCAAUGCUCGUCCGUUUAGUUCAAUGGAGCCCGAGAUAUGUCAUGUUGUAUAUAUCAAAUCUAUCGAGUUCAAAUCAACUUCCAUCCCACCAUAUGCAUUUCCUUUUUUACAUGACCCUUUCUUACCUUUAUCAAGUGAAGUUGAUCCAUCAUCUACGCAAGAUGAUAAAAUUAAGCAAAGCACUUCCCCGUUACAUGAACUCCCAACAUGUCCCGUAUGUCUUGAAAGAAUGGACGCAUCUGUUACAGGAUUGCUCACAAUUCUAUGUCAACAUACGUUUCAUUGUAAUUGUUUAAGUAAAUGGGGUGAUAGCAGUCAGAAACGUAACUAUUAUGAUACAUCACUGGAGCAAAAUGAAUGUGGUGUUUGUGGAGCAACAGAAAACUUGUGGAUAUGCUUAGUCUGUGGUAACAUUGGAUGCGGACGAUAUCAAGAAGCUCACGCAUAUUGUCAUUAUAACGAAACUUCCCAUUUAUACGCUUUAGAAUUGGAGACUCAAAGAGUGUGGGAUUACGCCGAUGGUAAAUUAGUGGAAUUACCCGGUCCUGAUGCACCAUCUCAAAUACAACAGCAAAGACAUGAUCAAGUUAAUCAGGAUAAACUUGACGCCAUUGGGUUAGAAUAUAGUUAUCUUUUAUCAACUCAACUUUCAUCACAACGAACAUUUUACGAAGAAAAACUUGAUUCCGUAACAUUACAAUUAUCACAAUUGACCAAUCAGUAUCAGAAGCUAGAAAAUGAAGUUUCUGCUUUGAAACAGGAUAAAGAUAAAGUUCAAAGUGAAAAGGAAACAUUGGAAAAAGAUAAGAUUCCAUCAUUAAUAAGAGAGAAGAAAUCUGUCGAAAGAAAAGUUGAGAAAUUUAUUGAAAAGUCAGAGAAACUGGAAAGAGAACUGAAAGAUGAGAAGGAGAUUACCAAAUCUCUAUUAACUAAACAGCAAUACUUGCAAACGCAACUUGAAGAUAAAGAUGCUAAAAUCAAAGAUUUUGAAGAACAAAUAAGAGAUUUGAUGUUUUUUUUUCAAGCACAAGAGAAAAUAAAAGAUAAUCCUGAUAUAGUUGGUGGUGAUGUAAUUGUACCAGAAAAUAGUAGUGGAAGUGGUAAAAAGAAAAAAGGCAAAAAGUGA